UCCCUAAUAAAUAAAUGCAACUUUAAAGUUUUUGAACAUGCAUGAAUAAUAUCAUAUGGUAUAAAGAAACCAUCUUUGAAGAAGAAAGUUCCUUCUACACCUCCUUUUCAAUAAUAUGCAUGCAAAUGCAAUAGAAAGAAGAAAGUUCUUUAAUUCUUUUUGGAUAUUGCAAUAGUGAAUCUUGAUUUCCCAUUACUUUAGUGAUAAUCACCCCUUUUUGUCCAUCUAUAUAUUGAUGAAAAUGGCAUACCUUGUAAUCCGAUGAACCACCACCACCUUUGCCAUGGCCACAAACAAUUCUAAAGCUGUCAUCAACGUGCCACCUCAAAAGACAAAUCCUUCACCAAGGAAAAGCUCAAAGGGAUCCCACGAAAGAGAUACUGCUCUUGCACAGCUUAAUACCGACAAGAAGUCUGCUUUUAUCAAGGCUUGGGAAGAGAGUGAAAAAAGCAGAGUGGAUAACAAGGCACAAAAGAAGCUCUCUAAGGUUGCAGCAUGGGAGAACAGCAAGAAAGCACAUCUUGAUGCUAAACUGAAAAAACUUGAGGAAAGAUUAGAGCAAAAGAAAGCAGAAUAUGCAGAAAAGAUGAAAAAUAAAGCAGCUUUAAUACACAAGGAGGCAGAGGAAAAGAAAGCCAUGGUUGAAGCUAAACGAGGGGAACAAAUUCUUAAAACGGAGGAAAUGGCCGCCAAAUAUCGCGCCACAGGACAAACUCCUAAGAAAUUACUUGGAUGCGUUGGAUGAUAAAAGCUUUUUCCCUUGUAUAUUUUCAUACUUCUUGUUGUUUAGUGUGUGUUCUUUUACGCGUCCAGUUUUGUUGUAGUGCUUCCGUAUCUGUAUAGGAACUUACUUAUCUGCUUAGGAAAAGCAUUCUUGUGUUCCGGAGAACUCAAUGUCAAUGAUAAUAAUUCCACUUCAGAAGUUUUCACAAAAACUCAAUGCAUCGGAGGGGAACCUCUGAAAGUUUAGUAGUCAAUAAUUUGUGGGACGUCAACAAUAAUUCCAUUUGUCAGGCAGUCAGAAAAAGCAGCAUUAACUAGCAAAUGAGUUAACAAAGUUUCUCCCAAUAUUUAGCUAUGCAAAAGAUGUAACCACAAAAUAUAAGCUUCAGAAACAUGCCAGUAGACCUAAAUUUGCCUGACAUGUCUGGCUUACAUACCACUCAAGAUGGCUCUAUUACUAUAGCAUCAAUACAUAGUGCAGUCAAAUUACAAACCUCUUCUGCUACUAAAACACAGAAUUUUUCCACAAUUCAGGCUUUCGUGAUCACCAUAUUUAGAGAAAGCCAACUUCAUGUUCUGCUGAUGAGCAGUUCAAGGAACUUUCACUUAAAAA